AUGUCUACAAGAGGAGACCAAUCUUCUCCGCACGAAGCUGGAAUUUUUUCAACUUCCACAAAAAAUAAACGGAAAGCAGUAUUUUCAUUAUCCGUUCCAACGAAAAGGUCACAUUCUAACAGUAUAAGAGUAUUAAACUUAGGAGAAACCCAAAAGGAAGAAGCUGGACUAAAAGAAACAAAAGAAGAAUAUACUGGAAGUUUAAAGCCAGAUAUUACCUCCGAGAAUAUUAAAAAGAUUGUAAGACUAUUUGGAAAGAAUCCUGAAUUCAAUUCUCUAAUAUACAGCGAUGAUAACGUAUUAAACUGCCUUACAAUUAAACAAAGGUUGAUGAACUUUCAAGUUGAGUGGGAUAUUAAAAUGGAAAACAAACUGGCGUCCUGUAAAUAUACCCUAAAGACACCAGAAGGAAACGAACUAACAGGAGAAACGUUCUCAACAAACAAAAAGUUAGCCAAAAAGCAAGCUGCAAGAGAAAUAUUAUCAAAUCUGUCGAUUCCAACCUUCGAGGAAAUGGACGAAAAUAGUCGCUGGAUGAUUUCAGUCCAUAAAAAUUUAUUAAACACAAAGGACGAAGUUGUUGAGAAAACAUUCACAGAUGAUGGUUGUGUUUGUAAAAUCGAGUGGAAAGUAGGUGACGUUACAUACCUUGGUACGGGAGAAGGAAAAGACUUUAAGGAAGCAGAACUUUAUGCUAACCAGGAUCUCUAUAUACAAACACACAAACUUAAAAAUGUAAUGAAUAAACAUGCUGGUAAAAAUGUGGCCAACAAAUCACUCAAUAACCAUGAAAAUAAACUUGAAUCACUCUCAAACAUAAACAAGUCAAUGUUAGACGAUGAACUCUCAAGGUCUGACGCAGCACAAAUUAAUAAUAUGAGGAAUAUGCUAAUAUCGAAGAUCAAAAUUAAGCAAGAGGAAAAUGUAAUUGCAAUACCAGGCGGUUUCCAAUGUACGUUAGCGUGGAAUUGGGUAACACCAGAAGGAAUACCAACCAGGAAAACAGUAAUAAAAAGCGGUAGCAGUAAGUUACUGGCAAAGGCAAAUGCGAGCAAGACAAUGCUAGUUGAAUUGGGAACCAUCCAAGAUAUUAGCGCAAAUGAAAGCCAUGUUUCAAAUAAAAUCAAAGCAUACAUUAAUACAGAUGUGAAUGAAUCUGUGAGAUUGGCGUGUGAACUCAUAAACACAUCCAAUUCAACAGUUUGGAGACUGUUUAUCCUCCAACUCUGGAACAAACUCUUGUUUAACACGGACAAAUCGUCGAUUCUAAAACUGUUAACAACCAUUGUAGAUGUCCAAUCCAAGGAUGAUAAACAGACGAGACGACUUCAAGGAGAUAUUUGGGAGAGUAUGCUGUAUAAUUUGAUAUUUGUAAUGGAUGAAGAUUUUGUUAAAACAGUACUCAACAUAAUGAGAGGAAUUAAGCUAAACGAAAGUCAUUUUUAUUCAAAAAAAGCACUGGAUUAUUAUCAAAAUAAUACAAUAUUACUCUGUAUGGAGUAUCAAUGUAAUAUAUAUAACGAGGCACAGUUGAAGAAGGAUAAUGUGGCUUUGUUUAAGAACGAAAUGCUUGUUAUGGACGUGGCAAAACUUCAGAUGCCCAACAUCAUGGUAACCUCAAGAGUGGAAUACGAGUACAUUCGAACUAAUAUAUUUAAGGAAAACGACAUCGUAUUACUUUUACCAAUAUCAAAUGGUGUUGUUCCACCUUCAGAACAGCCCAAUCUGGGUGUGCUAUGUAAUGUGUUAAAGCACAAGGUUUCAAAUUUUAUCUUGAAUAUGAGCUUAAAGUUCAUAUCAUUUGUUAACAUUGAUAAUACAAACAAUCAAGAAGAUAUGAAGGUUAAUAAAGCUGAGUAUACGGUAGUAGAUGAGGCUGAAGUGUUAAAUAAGUAUGGAAAGUAUAACGUAAUAUACCUAAAGUCAUUAAUACCAUACUCAAGGAUGGUUGAAGCAACACAGUCACUAACACAUAUUAUAUUCCCAAUUAACUCUAAUGCAAGUAAAUACGUUUUUACGUAUGAAAUGAAGGAAAUAUUGCUCAACUCAAAGAAGUACUCUACUAAUCCAAGUCCAUCAGAUUGGUUAAUGACAACAAUGACUUUGACACCAGUUCAAUACACAGCAACGAUAUCAGCACUAAAGAACCCAUUAACACUCAUACAAGGUCCGCCGGGAACGGGUAAAACACACGUAGCAUGCGCAAUCAUCGAUUGCUGGGCUAAAUUAAACCCAAAUAUUAGAAUAUUGGCAGUAGCAGAUUCUAACAUCGCAGCUGAUAACUUGAUCGACGCAUUGACUAAGAAGAAUAUACAAGCACUGAGAAUAGGGCAAAGUUCUGAAUAUGAAUUACAAGAAGAAUCAAUUAAGAACCUGGACAGAUACCAAACGUACCUGAAAUUGAAGAUGGGCGGUCAUUAUAAGGAAGCUAAAAAUUUAAAGGUUUUGCUGUAUUCUGAAGCUAUUAAACAGCAUAACAUCAUCAUUGCGACCUGUGUGGGAUCGGGAAAUGAUCUAUUGAGUAAUUAUCAAUUCUCACACGUUAUUAUUGAUGAGUGCUCACAGUCCAUAGAGAUGAGUAACUUGAUCCCGAUUGGAAAAGGAUGCAAAUCGUUGGUGUUAAUUGGUGACCACAAGCAGUUGAGGCCAACAAUCAUAUCAAAUUAUGCAUUAAAACUUGGAUUGGACAAAUCAUUGUUGGAGAGACUAAUCCAAGAGGAAGUGGCUCCAGUACACAUGUUAAAUGUACAGAGAAGAAUGCACCCGUCAAUAAUAGAAUUCCCGAAUAUGCACUUUUAUGCAAAUAAAAUUUUCAACCAAGAUGUGAAUGACAUAAACAGAAGCAUGAUCAGAGGUUUCAAAUGGCCAGUUCCAUUCUACAAUCUUGUCUUCAUUGAUGUGAGCACGCCUUCACCAAAUACACAAUUCGAAAUUCCACAAGGAAAAUCCAAAAUCAACAUGAUACUUAUUAUAUAUAUAAUAUUUAAUUAUUUACAAAAUUAUUUAAUUAUUUACAAUAAAAAAAUAUUUAGUGAAAUAAAAUGUGUAAUUGCAUUAUUGAAUUCAUUUUUGAAGUCAAAUGAUGUUAAGGAACAACAGAUUGGUAUACUGACGCCGUACGAUGCCCAAAAGCUGAUGAUAAAAAAACAUCUUAAGCCUUUAAAGGAAGUACAAAGCCACCUGAUUGAAGUUGAUAGUGUGGACGGGUUCCAAGGAAGGGAGAAGGAUCUCAUCAUAUUCAGUGCAGUGAGGUCUAAUAUGGUUAAGGACAUAGGCUUCCUGAGGGACCCAAGAAGAAUGAACGUAAUGUUAACAAGGGCAAGAAGGGGCCUUGUUGUCUUGGGAGAUUCUCAUACACUAAUGAGUGAUAGAGAAAAUUGGCGUCCGUAUUUAAAUUGGAUAUACUCAAAGCAGCUCAACAUACACAUCUCGCAACUAAACGGGUAUCUGGACUUCCCAGACCAUUCGCUACCAAAUUCUUUGGCGGACUUGCAGAAUCUGAUGCAAUUCAACACUCCAGAAUAUAAUCCACACCAGUUUAACAACAUAGGAAAUUACACAUUAAUAUAA